AUGUCAGAAACCGACCCUCUCAUCCGCCCUCGCGGCGCCGACGCCCAAGCACGCUCCAGGUCCCGCCUCGCCGAGCUCCGCACCCAGUCAGUAGCAGACACAGGCCUAGUGGACGCAAAGCUCGCCGUCGAUCUCGCAACCCAUGAAGUGAGGGAAAACGUCUAUCUCUUCGUGCCCAACCUCAUCGGGUACACCCGCAUCCUCCUCGCUGCUCUCAGCCUCCAUUUCAUGCCCUACCACCCACGCUACUGUACCGUCCUCUACUGCCUUUCCUGCCUCUUAGACGCAUUCGACGGCAUGGCCGCGCGUGCCUUGAACCAGAGCACAAAGUUCGGCGCAGUGCUCGACAUGGUCACAGACAGGUGUACGACCGCCUGUCUCCUCUGUUUCCUCAGUAGCGCAUACCCGAGCUUUGCGACCGUGUUCCAGUUCCUCAUCACCCUUGACUUUAGCAGCCACUACAUGCACAUGUACAGCUCCCUAACCACGGGUUCCAAAUCACACAAACUCGUGACAUCCGACGUCUCCUGGGUUCUCAGCGUCUACUACACCUCCCAAACAGUGCUCUUCAUCUGCUGUGCGGGCAACGAGUUAUUCUUCGUCGCCCUCUACCUGAUGCACUUCGACCACACCGCCGUGCUCAAUGCCUCAUCCCCGAAACCUGUCAUCGCCUACCUCUCUACGCAAGUUAUCAACCUCCUCACAUCUGGCGGGCCGUGGGGCGUAUACGCACUCAGCUACCUCGAACUCGUCACUUGGGCAGCGGUGAUGGCACUCGCUUUCUUCCCCAUCGCCGCCCUGAAGAACUUUAUAAACGCAGUCCAGUGGUGGAAGGCGAGCAAGAUCCUCGUAGGGGUUGACCUCGUCGAGCGGGCAAGGCAAAGGCAGCGGGAAGCCAGGGGGGAGAACGGCAGUGCCGGUGUGCUAGCGAAGGAGGAGUAGCACCCUCCGGACGAGACACAUCUGCAAUUUUUUGAUCUACACUUUUUCUUUUCACUUUUUACGCUUCGAAAAGACUGUAUUGAUACCACUAAGUAUCUUGUUUACCAUGUCUAUGUUACACUUUCUUGACUACUCGG